CCUUCUAGACCAACUACCAAUUAAUUAACUAUGAAACUCAUCUUAAUUUAUAUUUUUAUUUGUAUAUAACUUGAUUAAAUUAUACCCCUUUUUUAAAAAAAAGAGACAACAGACAAAUCAUGGCAGCCGGUCCAAUAGCGGAACGAAAUCAAGAUGCCACGAUUUAUGUUGGUGGUUUAGAUGAUCAAGUCACUGAAACUUCAUUAUGGGAAUUAUUUGUUCAAUCUGGACCAGUUGUAAAUGUUCACAUGCCAAAAGACAGAGUUACACAAUUACAUCAAGGCUAUGGAUUUGUUGAAUUUAUGGGUGAAGAAGAUGCUGAUUAUGCAAUUAAAAUAAUGAAUAUGAUAAAACUUUAUGGUAAACCAAUAAGAGUAAAUAAAGCAAGUGCACAUCAAAAAAAUCUUGAUGUUGGUGCAAAUAUAUUUAUUGGUAAUUUAGAUCCUGAAGUUGAUGAAAAAUUAUUAUAUGAUACAUUUAGUGCUUUUGGAGUUAUUCUUCAAACACCAAAGAUUAUGCGUGAUCCAGAAACUGGUAAUUCAAAAGGUUUUGCAUUUAUAAAUUUUGCAUCAUUUGAUGCAUCAGAUGCUAGUAUUGAAGCAAUGAAUGGACAAUAUUUAUGUAAUCGUCCAAUAUCAGUGUCAUAUGCAUUUAAACGUGAUGCAAAAGGUGAACGUCAUGGUUCAGCAGCUGAACGUCUAUUGGCAGCUCAAAAUCCAUUAUCACAAGCUGAUCGUCCUCAUCAAUUAUUUGCUGAUGCACCACCAAUUACACAAAUGUCAAUGCAAGGACCACCAAUGCCAAAUCAACAUCAACAUCAUCAUCAUCAUCAUCAUCAUCAAAUGCAUCCUAGUCAUCAUCCAAUGAUGCAUCAUGGAAUGGUUGUACCACCACCGCCACCACCACCAUCAACAACACCAAUAGGAAUGGGACAACAUCCACCACCACCUCCACCAGUACCACCACCACCAAAUCUAUUUGGUGGUACAAUACCACCACCACCAUUACCACCAAUGUCUAUGGGAGGUUCACAUCCACCAUUACCACCUGGUAUGCCACCACCAUUACCACCAAUGCCAUCAUUACAAGCAUCACAAUCACAACAAGGACAUAGAAUAAUGGCACCACCGCCACCACCACUACCACCACAUUGGCCUGGACAAGGACCAUCAAUUGGACAAUAUCCACCACCUCCACCACCAUCUGAUGCACCACCACCACCUCCACCACCACAAUUUGGACAAUUUCAACAACAAAGAUCACCACAAGGAUGGAGACAUCCACCACCACCUCCGCCACCACCACAACAACAAUUUAGACCACCAUUUCCACCAAGGGGAGCACCACCACCACCACCACCACCUCCACCACAUGAAAAUCAACCUCAAUAUUAAGUCAUAUAUAUUUUUAUGUUUUUUUUUUCAAAUUUUAUUUUAUUUACUUUCAAUAUUUUAAUUUUUAUUAUUUUUUUAAUCAUUUUAAUUUUUAUUUUAGCAAAUUUUAAUUUUCAUCAAUUUUCAUUGAUAUAAUGGAUCAUAUAAUGACGUUUAAUUAUUAAAUAAUUGUUUAAACGUGAUUUAUUUUUUUGUACUUUUAUACAAGGUAUAUAUUAUCAUAUAAAUAAAUCAAAAAUUCUUUUAAAAAAAAAUAUUUUAUUUGUGUAAAUUGGAUAGAUUUUGAUGACAUAAAUAAAAUAGAUUAAAUAUAUUAUUAACAUAUAUAUAUAAACAAAAAACACUAUAGUAUGAUGAAUAAUAGAAGAAGAAAAAAAUAUGUAGUGGUCAGUUUGAAUAUCGAUCGUAGCUUUCGUGACUAAACCAGGUGCUAAAACGGUCAGUUUAUCGAUUUAUUUCAUGGUCGUUAUUAAUGCUAGUCCUUUAGUGAUAUUACAACAUCAGAGCCUGUUUUAAAUAUACUACAGGAGUAAAUGGUGUUUAUUUCAUUAACAGUGAUUGGUUUUUUUAAAAUAUUAAAAUGAUCAAUAGAUAAAAUUAGAUAUU